AUGAGAACUACGACAGAUACAAUGCUACUCAAAUGGAAAUUUUUCUCAAGAACUCACAGCCAAAUACAGAACGAUUUAAGUUCUAAUCUGUUUUCAAAUAUUCCGACAUUAAAUGUAAUCGAAAACAACUUUGUUGUGCACGUCACAAGUCUCACAUUUAAACUUGAUCUUGAAACUUUGUGUAUCUAUCUAAAUAUCUACAUACGUGAUUCCUUUUCCGCCUAUUUAUCGUUGACUAAUGGAGUCACCUUCAAUGAACGUUUAACCGCGUCAUAA